AUGUUGUCACGUUCUCUAUUUCGUCUUGAUCUUGCAACACGUCGGGCUCGUGGUGUGGAUUUUCUCCGUAACCGCUUUACUAAUAAGGCUACUGCAUUUACACGAGAAGAACGUGAGCACCUUGGCGUUGUAGGUCUUCUCCCACCUGCAGUUGAGACGAUUGAUGAUCAAGUGGAACGUUGUUGGGAGCAAUUUAAGCGUCUUAGCUUUCCCAUUAAUAGAUAUCAACUUUUACACGGUCUGCUGGACUCAAAUGUUGUUCUUUAUUACAAAGUUAUUGAAUCCCAUCUAAAGGAAACUCUUCCUAUUAUUUACACUCCAACUGUUGGUGAAGCUUGCGAACGCUAUGGUGCAAUUUAUCAUAAGGAUCACGGACUCUAUGUGAGCAGUGAAGAUGCUGGAAAGGUGCACCAGAAUAUAAAAAAUCUUCGAAAACCUUAUAUUGAUAUUAUUGUUGUUACAGACGGUUCUCGUAUUUUGGGUUUGGGCGAUUUGGGAGCUAAUGGUAUUGGAAUUAGUAUUGGUAAGUCUUCUUUGUAUGUUGCUGCUGGUGGUAUUAAGCCAAGUCGUGUUUUACCUGUAAUGUUGGAUGUUGGUACAAAUAAUGAACGUCUUCGUAAUGAUCCAUUGUAUCUCGGUUUGCGUUCUGAACGUGUUCCAGAUGAUAAAUUCUAUGCCCUUCUUGACGAGUUUAUGGAAGCUGCACAGAAGCAAUGGCCCAACGCCGUCAUCCAGUUUGAAGAUUUCAGCAACAAUCACUGCUUUGAUAUGUUGGAGCGCUAUCAAAAGAAAUACCGCUGCUUCAAUGAUGAUAUUCAGGGCACGGGUGCUGUUAUUGCCGCUGGCUUCCUUAACGCUGUACGUGUAAGCGAUGUUCCUAUGAAGGAUCACCGUGUAUUAUUUUUGGGAGCUGGUUCAGCCGCAACUGGUGUGGCCCAAUGUAUUGCAGAACUUGCUUGUACUAAGUUUAACAUCUCUAUGGAGACAUUUAAAGAGAGUAUGUAUCUUGUGGAUUCCAAAGGUCUCGUCACGACAUCACGUGGUGAUAAGUUGGCCCCACAUAAAGUGCCUUGGGCCCGCAAAGAUAUUGCACCGGAGCAAAAUGAGAACCUUAAGACAUUAACAGAUGUGGUGCGUUUUGUAAAGCCAACGGCAUUAAUUGGACUUAGUGCCAUGGGUGGUGCCUUCACAGAGGAGAUUGUACGAUAUAUGUCUUCUUACUGUGAACGUCCGGUGUUGUUUCCACUUUCUAAUCCCUCCAGUAAAUCAGAAAUUGUUCCAGACAAUGCGUAUCGCUGGAGUAAUGGUAAAGCCAUUGUUGCCUCUGGCAGUCCUUUUCCCCCAAGCGUUGUAAAUGAUAAAGUUCUGCAUCCAGCACAGGGGAAUAAUCUCUACAUCUUCCCUGGUGUUGGUCUCGGCUGUGUGAUUGCCCAACCUCCAUUUAUCCCACAAGAGGCCCUCAACGCCGCCGCCGCCGCUCUCAGUCAAAUGGUGGACAAUGAAGUUCUCAUGGCUGAGGGACAACUUUAUCCUCCCAUUGAGAAUGUACGGGAGGUGGCCAGGCAUGUCGCCGUAGCGGUGAUUGAAGAACUGCAGCGAAUGGGUAUGGCAAAGAGUGAUUUGCCAAAUGAUAAACAGGAGCUGGUGAAGUUGGUGGAGAGUCUUAUGUGGGAACCAAAGUAUUUGGACUCAGAUUAUUAUCUCUCAAAAAAUUUCUCUUAG